AUGGAUGACACAAAAAUCAAGGCGUUCCGUUUCGUCGGCUAUGCGGCCAUCGUCAUUUCAUUUGUAGCUGUAUUCUCAGUUUGUGCUACGCUUCCUAUUGUCUAUAUGUAUGUGAGCAACGUUCGGAGGACCAUGCAAAUGGAGAUGGCAAUGUGUAAAGUCACCGCUAAGACGGUUUAUGCCGAUGCAGCCACGCUAUAUCAUAACCCCUUGAAUCGUACAGUGCGAGAAGCUACAUAUGAGGAUGAAGCUUGCAGUGGUUGUUGCUUGCCUGGGUCGCCAGGAGUACAAGGCGCACCCGGAAGGCCUGGGAAUCCUGGAACCCCCGGCGCACCGGGUAGGCCAGGCAAUCCCGGUCGACCACCACAAAUUCCGUGCGAGCCGAUCACACCACCACCUUGCCCUCCGUGCCCGCCAGGCUUACCAGGUCCGCCAGGGCCUCCGGGACCUGCUGGGAACCAAGGGCCAAUGGGACAGCCUGGAAGUCCCGGGCCCGAUGGCGAAAAGGGUGGGAUGGGCGAGAAAGGCGCCAGCGGUAUGCCAGGACCUCCAGGUAAGCCCGGGGCGAAUGGAGAGCCUGGCGCGAACGUCGAAAACGGUCAGCCAAUUCCGGGAGGACGUGGACCGCCUGGACCGCGAGGACCUCCUGGCCUACCAGGACCUCCCGGAAAGAACGGAAAUGAAGGCGCUCCAGGAGCAGAUGGCACUAAAGGUCCCACAGGAGCGCCUGGCAAUCCAGGCACCCCAGGUCAACGUGGAUUACCAGGACAACCAGGAAAUCCGGGUAAAAACGGCGAAAGAGGAAUCUGCCCGAAAUACUGUGCACUCGACGGCGGUGUAUUUUUUGAUGACAUGCUUAAAACUUCCUAA